CACUUUUUCCCCAAAAACAUUUCUCAAAAUUAUAAUCUAAUCUGUCAGACAAGGAAGUAAUUCUUCCCAUACAGAGACACAUUCCAUGAUGUUAUCUGUUCUUCAGAUAAACUGACCUUAAAUCAAAACCAACCUGACUAAUACGCUAACAUCAUCGUGCUGGCAGAGAAAGAGCUUGUAGAGUGUUUAAAAUCAAUUUUUGUUGUAUAGCUUUGGCCUUUUCCUCAGAAAGCCUGUCCCUGUGAGUCUCUAUGACAACCAUAUUCUCACAGCCAGCACUAACACAGACACACUGCGAGCGUGUAAUGAAGUGUGCCUCAGUACAACCGUUUUUAUUACUCACUCUCACACUUUUAAGCUCAUUGCAUAGAUAUACAAAGUACAUGUGCAUGUGUGUGUGUAUUAUAAUAUAUUGUAUAUUCUAUUAAUCAAAUAAUUGUGGAAAAAAUAGCAAUUUGAACAAAAAUAUUAAGCAGCUCGACUGUUUUCAACAAUGAUAAUAGCAGAAAAUCAGCAUAUUAGAUUGAUUUCAAAAGGAUCAUGACACUGAAGAUUGGAUUAAUGAUGCUGAAAAUUCAGCUUUGCUUCACAGGAAAACAUUACAUUUUAAAAUAUAUAAAAUGCAAAACAGUUAUUUUAAAUUAAAAUAAUAUUUCACAAUAUUACUGUAUUUUCUGUAUCAAAUACAUAAGUAGCCAUGGUAAGCAUAAGAGACAUCUUUCACAAACAUUAAACAAUCCUAAUGAUUCUAAACUUUUGACUAAUAGUUUAUACAUUUAUAUAGGCUGUGUGCUAUGCUGACGGUAGCAGAUUGUGAAAAAGAUGUCAAACGUGAUACAGGUUCAAGGGACAGUCAUAAACGCCUGAUAUCUGAUGUAAUGAAAAUAAGCAAGUUGGUCAAAUUCAUCGCUGUACUGAAGAGAAAGCAUCUGGUGAGCUCUUUUGUCUGGUCUAUGUGGCUCUGGCCCAGUUUCCUUUUAAAAGAGAGCGAAUCAGAAAAUUACAUUCCUCUUUAAUCAAUGGUCUCAGCGGCAGUCACAACAUCUAUUCCCUCCCGUGCUCUACAAGGGCAAUCUGACAAACUUUCCUUACACAUUAACACUCUUUUUGAUCUUCUUGCCUUUCAGAUGAUUUGUGGCAAAUGAUGGCAUGGACCACCUUGGGCAAAAUCUCUGAACACAAUGCUGUGAUGACGUGCAGCUCGCUUAAUGCACACAGACACAAACUGUCAGAUGAAUAAGCAGCACUUGUACAGACAUGGAUUCAAACGAAACAUAUGCAGACGGACCCAGCAAAAACGCAUGGGACGUGAUUAUCCUCUCCCUCACGCUUUCGUUUCUUGCUGUGCUAACGACGGCCAUGAACUGCUUGGUCAUUACAGCCAUCAUUGUCACACGCAAGCUGCACCAUCCCGCAAACUAUCUCAUCUGCUCACUGGCCGUGACCGACCUUUUGGUGGCCGUAUUAGUCAUGCCCUUCAGCAUUGUCUACAUUGUGAUGGACACGUGGGUCAUGGGUGAAGUCAUGUGCAACAUCUGGUUAAUCGUGGACAUAACCUGCUGCACGUGCUCCAUUCUGCACCUCGCGGCCAUCGCUGUGGACCGAUACCGCGCCAUUACGGACGCCGUGGAGUAUUCGAGAAAGAGGACAUCUCUACGGGCCGCCAUCAUGAUCAGCGUGGUGUGGCUCCUCUCAAUAGUCGUCUCUCUGCCGCCAAUGCUGUUGAGACGCCAGGAGGAAAACAUGUGCAUCAUUAAGCAUGAUAACAUCGGCUCCGCGCUUUACUCCACAUUCGGGGCUUUUUAUAUCCCGCUAGUACUCAUUCUCAUUCUCUACUACAAGAUCUACCGAGCAGCGAAGACUCUUUACAACAGGAGAGCCAGUUGCCUCAAUAAGCCGGAGAUGAACGGACACAUGCUUCCCAAGUGCAGUGACAGAGAGCCGACGACCCCGGACACUCUGAGCCCUCCGGAGAAAUCGGUGUCUGAACCCUCCACCGAAGGCGACAGGGCGCGCAUCACUGUGAAAAGCCCAAAGUCUCGGUCUUGCAGAGAGCGGUCUGUCAGGAGACGUCGCAUUUCCAGCACGCGUGAAAGGAAGGCCGCCACCACUCUGGGACUCAUUCUGGGGGCUUUUGUCAUCUGCUGGCUGCCUUUCUUCAUCCAUGAGGUGAUUGUUACCAUCUGUGAAUCCUGCAGUCUCUCUCCUGAGAUGACCAACUUUCUGAUUUGGCUGGGCUAUCUGAACUCUCUCAUCAACCCGCUGAUUUACACCAUCUUUAACGAGGAUUUCAAAAGGGCUUUUCAGAAGUUGAUCAAGUGCAAGAAUUAUCUCUAACGCCAAUGAAGGGAUUGUGUCACGUGAACUGAAACUAUUACACUCAAAAAAAAAAAUACAACGUUUAAAGAACUUAAUUAAAUUAUUAUUCUGCACAACUAAAUUUAGGGCCAGAUUUACUAAACAGGGCAAAUUAGUGUUAGAGCGCAAUUCCAAGUGCCGAUGGGAGGGGGAAAUUUACUGACAAGAUUCAUAUUAAAGAACAGACGCAACAUCUUAUUUCCAUAAUGAACAGCGCAAUCUACCAAGAGCAGCACCAAUUACCGCCUACUUUAAGACAUGCUUUUUUGGGGCAUUAAAUAAUGGACGCAAAUACCAGAGAAUGGACGAGCGCAAAUCUUAGUAAAUCAUGUUGCGUGAUCCAUUUAAAUACUCUCCUCCCACAAAUUUACCGAUCAAGAGGGAAACUCCUACAAAUGCAUAUUCAAUAAGGUGAUUUGCAAAAAUAACUGUGUCCCUGCCCUUUCAGUGCUAAUUUCCCACUGUGUGUCUUUCGUAAAUCCUGACAGUAGUUUUUUAACACCAAAUUAGGGUUUGCGUUGGCGCAAAUGAAUAGUAAAUCUGGCCCUUAGUCUUUAAAAAAAAAAAAAAUUUUUUUGGUUGCUUUUGAAGCAAUUAGAUUACUUCUCAACAACAAAAACAACUAAACGUUUGAAUGAAUUUGCUGUAGUCUUGUUCAAAGUCACUGUUAGUCAACAAAUCAGACCACGUUCAUUGUCUGAAGAGUUUUCAUUUAUUGAACAUUGGCUUUUGAUCUAUAUCAGUAAAUAGAAAAGGCCUGUUCACACCAAGGAUGUUAAUAAUUAAGAUUUGUUGACACCGCUGUAAUGAUAACAACACAAAGCAAUGAUAAUUUUGGAAUCACUUUCAGAAUGCUUUUUUCCAGCUGACGAAUGAUAAAAACAUUGACAGCCAAUGCGAAUCUAUGCUGCUCAAAACUGCAGCAUGUGCUUAUAAUAAACAGAACAUUAUUGUGUUAUCAUUAUCAAUAUUAUUAUAGUUAUCGUUGUUGGUGUGAACAGGCCUUUAUUUUAUUUACACUUUAUUUUAAGGUGUCAUUGAUACAGUGAAUGUCAAUAAUAUUUUACUGAUAUAAUUUUUUCUUGGCAUACAGUAACAAAUAAGCAAAUAUUCAAUUUAGAGUACUAAACUAAAUGAAAAGAUUUUAUUGUAUGAAAGUGAUUCAUGUAAUCCAAUUGAAAUGGAUACAAUUUAAUUAACUAAAAAGUUUUUUCGAGUGUAAUAUAAAAUUACACUUCAGUAAUUCUGAUGAGGCAGAAAAGUACAUUUUCAUACAUUAUCACAAAUGUCUUAUAUUUAGAUAGAAAUCUGUAUAUGCAACUAGAUUAGUAAGAGCUGAACUAUAUUUUUGUGGGGUUUAACAUUAUAGAUUUCAAACCAACCUUAAAGUUUGUAUGUGAAAAUCAUACUAUUUUUCAUAAGAGGAAGAAAUUCAAGAUAAUACUUUACAAAAAACGCCUCAUUAGUUGACAUUAGUUAAUGCAUUAACUAACGUUAACAAUGAGCCAGACGUGUUACAGUAUUUAUUCAUCUUGGUUAACGUUAGUUAUAAUACAACUGUUCAUUGUUAGUUCAGGUCCAUUAAAUAAUAUUACCAGAAACUUAUAUUUUUAAUGUUCUGUAAUUAGCAUCAAGUGCUUAUUUUUCACUGUUUGUUCAAUUAAUUGUUAACUAAUGUUAAUAAAUUAUUGUAAAGUGUCACCAAAUUCUGUUUACAGCCCAUUUCAUAAAUAUUCAGCCAUGUGAAGGGCCAAAAUAUGACAUGUAAUAUACUGUAUUUAGAUGGGAAUAUUGCACUUGCAUUCAAUUAGAACGAUACUUCCAGUCAAACCCUUGGACGCACUGGACUGAAUGUAUAUUUCUCAUAAUCUUAAAAAACCUUCCCAUUAUUUCAUAGUUUUGUAGAAAGGAGUGUCCAGACGUUUCAUUGGAACUGUACAUUACACAAACAAUGGAAAUGCUUAUUAGAUACUUGCUUUUGGGCAUCUGAGGUAAAUUUGCUAGGCAAAUAUGUUGUGCAUUUGUUUAUUUCUUUGAUAAGAAUGUUACUAUAUGUUUUAUCUGAUGUGUGUUUCUCCAAGUUACAGUGAGACCAAAGAUGUGAACAGAACUAAUUUGUAUAAAAUCUUACAGAAACUGAUGAUCUGAUAAGGGCCCAAGAUGUACAAAAUAUUUGUACUGAUACUCACAAUGUAACUGUUGUUCAUGUUAAUAAAUGUUUUGCAUAAUAUAAACUAUGUUGAUUGUACUGAUUAUUAUAUAAUGUGACGCACCAGAUCCCGAAUCAUAAGCACAAAAUCCUCAAUCUCAUAAAUUUAAACAAAUGAAAGCAAAUUGUAGAUUUUCAUUGUUGUAGCAUUAUAUACAGAUUUUUUUUCCUUGUAUUCAAUUAAA